GCCCCCCAUCUCCCCCCAUCCCCGGCCCGGCCAUGGCCCCCCGGGCCCUCGCCCUCCUCCUCGCCCUCCUCCUCGUCCUCGUCCCGCCCGGGGGGGCCCGGCCUGGCCCCGCCGCCCCCAGCAGCGCCCCCCCCGCGCCCACCACCUGCCCCCCCGCCGGGCCCCGCUGCCCCCCGGGCACCUACCCCCACCCGCCCCCCCGCCACCGCCCCGGCCGCUGCCCCCCCGCCCCGCGGGGGACCCCCGUCGUCUGCAGAGAGGUGCGGUGCCCGGCGCCGCUCUCCCUCCCGCAGGGGGGGUACUCGCCCACCCCCCGGCGCCCCUCGCACCCCCCCGGCGCCCUCCUGGACUUCGCCUGCGAGGGGGGGCUGGUCCUGCGGGGGUCCCCCCGCCGCCGCUGCCGCCCCGGCGGCCUCUGGAGCGGCUCCAGCCCCGUCUGCGACGACGGCGCGGGUGACUGCCCCCCGGCCCCCGCCCCCGCCGGGGGGGUGGUGACGGGGCGGGGCCGGCAGCGGGGGGCGGAGGUGCACGUGCGCUGCGGGGCGGGGCUGACGCUGCAGGGCCCCGCCCACCGCCGUUGCCUGGAGACGGGCCGCUGGUCCGGCCCCGAGCCCGUCUGCCGCCACCCCUACGCCUACGACCUCCCCGAGGACGUCAGUGAGGGUUUUGGGGCGUCCCUCACCUCCGUGCUGGAGCUGGCGGGCGCCCACCCCCACAACGGCUCGUCCCUGGGCCGGCGCAUCGUGCUGACCCCCACGGGGUCCCUCCGCGUCUACCUGCUCCUCGACGCCUCCGGCAGCGUCAGCUCGGAGAACUUCCGCCUCUUCCAGGAGUGCGGGGCCGCCGUGGUGGACAGGCUCAGCAGCUUCGAGGUGUCCGUGAGCUUCGCCAUCGUCUCCUUCGCCAGCCGGGCCCGGGUCAUCGUCUCCACGGCCGAGGAUGAGUCGGCCGACGCCGACGAGGUUCUCCAGCGCCUGGAGAACAUGACCUUCGCCGACCACGGCAACGCGACGGGCACCAACGUCCGCGGGGCGCUGAUGGAGGUCUACCACAUGCUCCUCUUCGAGAAGGCGCGGGCGGAGCGGCUGGGGCGCCCCGAGGCCUGGCGGGGCACCCGCCACGUCGUCAUCCUGCUGACGGACGGCAGGUUCAAUGUUGGGGGCCACCCCCGGGACGCGGUGGCCAAGAUUGAGGACGUGCUGGAGAUCAAGCCGGACCGGGAGGAGUAUCUGGACAUCUACGCCUUCGGGGUGGGGGCGCUGGAGGUGGACAUGGCGGAGCUGGCGGCGGUGGCCUCGCACCGGCGGGACGAGACCCACGCCUUCAAGCUGGCGGACGCGGCGGCGCUGCGGCAGGCGCUGGAGGCGGCGCUGGUGGCCACCACCGUCGGGGACCUCUGCGGCGUCAUCGUCCCCGCCGGAGCCCCCCGGCCCCCCUGGCACGUCAUCCUGAGGGUGGGGCGGGAUCAGCGCUGCGCGGGGUCCCUGGUGGGGGGCCGCUGGGUGCUGACGGCGGCGCACUGCUUCCUGGGGGGCCCCGCGCCCCACGCCUGGAGCGCCGAACUCGCCGAGGGGGGGCUGGUGCCCCUCCGCCGCUGGGUGCUCCACGAGAGCUUCGACGUCCGCGCCGGGGUGUCCCGGGGGAUCCCCGAGUUUUACGACUACGACGUGGCCCUGGUGGAGCUGGAGCAGGAGGUGGGGACCCGCGGGACCCCCAGGCGCGUCUGCAUCCCCUGCACCGAAGACGCCAACCGGGCGAUGAGGAAGGCACCCGGCACGACCUGCGAGGAGCAAGAGGCCGAGCUGCUGGGCCGGCCCCGUGUCCCGGCCGAGUUCGUCUCCCUCGACCCGCAGAGGAUGGGGGUGCAGAUCAAGAACCAGGAGGCGUGGGCCACCUGCGCUUCGGGGGCGACGCAGCCGGGGACCCCCUACGCGGGGGCGGCGCUGGGGGACGUGGUGACCGAGCGGUUCCUCUGCUCGGGGCAGGAGAGCGGGGGCCCCCCCGAGGCCGCCACCUGCAAAGGGGAGUCCGGGGGGUCCCUGUUCCUGGAAAGGAGGCACCGCUUCAUUCAGGUCGGGGUCGUGAGCUGGGGCACGUUCGACCCGUGCCGGGGGGGUCGGCGCACGGCGGGGGGGCUCCUGCUCCGCGCCCCGGCCCCCCCCGGCCACCGGCCCCGCGACUUCCACAUCAGCCUCUUCCGCGUCCAGCCCUGGCUGCGCCGCCUCCUGGGGGGGGUCCUCAGCUUCGCCCCCAUGCGCUAGCGCCGACCCCCGGAGGGGCCCUCGCUGGGACCCCCAGUGGGACCCUCGCUGGGACCCCCAGUGGGACCCUUGGUGGGACCCCCGGCGGGACCCUCACUGGGACCCUCGCUGGGACCCCCGGCAG